AUGACUCCAGCACCAACUUCCACAUUAGCAACAACAGAAAACCCCAACGCUAAAACCUCUUCAAAAGGUUAUCAAAUUGAUGAGAAUAGUUUCCACAAAUUAGCAAUUGGAGGUAGCUUACCAAAUCAGUAUCCUAAAUUCACCGAUAAGUUAAAAGAACGGAGGUUUAUCUUGGAACAUACUGCAGCAACAUUCAGAAUAUUUGCACGUAAUGGGUUCAACGAAGGUGUUGCGGGACAUUGUUCCAUUAGAGAUCCGAUCGAUCCAAACACAUUCUGGAUAAAUCCAUUGGGUUUGCAUUUUGCUUUAAUAAGGGCUGAAGAUUUAGUUCAUGUUGAUGAAGAUGGUAAUAUUUUACCCGAUGGGAAUCAAGAACCUAUUAAUGCUGCUGGAUUUGCCAUUCAUAGUUCUUUGCACAAAGCCAGACCUGAUGUGAAUGCAGCUUGUCAUACUCAUUCAUUGUAUGGACGAGCCUAUAGUGCCUUUGGCAAGCCAUUGGAGAUGAUUAAUCAAGAUUCCUGUACGUUCUUCAACAAUCAGGCAGUUUAUAAUUCGUUUGGAGGAGUGGCCAUUGAAAAGGAUGAAGGCAAAGCAAUUGCCGAAGCAGCUGGGAACGCCAGAGCCGUAAUAUUACAAAAUCAUGGUUUAUUGACGAUGGGUAAAACCAUCGAUGAGGCAGCUUAUUUGUUCAUGUUGAUGGAAAAAACAUGUCAUGCACAAUUGUUGGCUGAUGCAGCUGAAUCAAAAGAUAAACCAAAACACUACAUUGCUGAUAGUGAAGCUGAAUAUACUGCUCGUAUCACUAGUAAUCCUGACAUAUUGUAUACUAUCUUCCAAUCGGAUUACAAAUUGGAAGAAAGAUUAUCAAAUGGUGAUUUCAAAUUUGCCGAUUAG